AUGCACGAAUACAUACUCUACUCGCAUAUUCCCUACCAGCGCGAAAAGCAAGUGCUUGGCAUCCUCGCUGGCCUCACCGGCGUCCAACCCGUGGAGAUUCACGAGCAGGUUCUCAUCUACGCGCAAGUCAAAGUGCCAGAGGUUGCCGUCUCGAAGAAAGUGAGGCAGACGCAGCAGCUACCCAAGAAGCCAGACCCUGCUUAUCACAAGAUAUGGAGGGAGGUCGUCAACCACGACAAUGGCACGGCGUCGGGUGGAGAGUGGCACUUCCGCGCUGAGCAGACACCAGAGCCAGGCGUUGCGACUUUCAUCUCAAGGGGUGUCACUGAACACAAGGCGACCGAAGCAGAACUCGAGCGCCUCAAGCAGCCCGAGUGGUAUCAAUUCAAGCGCUACUACGGGAUUCUGGGCUAUCGUUUCGUCCACAAUAACGUCAUCAUUCGAGUCUACCGCAUGAUCGUGCCUAUCGAGCUCGAGGACCGGGAGGGUGAUGGUCUCAUCGAAGCAGGACCACGGCCCGCCGAUCUCAUGAAGCUAGUCGAUGCCAGUGGAAGCUUGAUCGUGGAGGCACUCGUGCGCGUGGCGACGUUCGACAAGCCCAAUCCUGCUGAAGACCGAACCAAGAAGGACAAGCAAAGCGUGGCGGACACGGCAAAGAAGGAACUGCUAGGAUUGCAGGCAGCCAUGGACGGCGCCGUCGACCUGUAUGCCCCGGAUCGUUUGGCACUCGAAACACGCGCUAGGAAUGUUUAG